CCCCACACACAAAAAAUAUCUCACACCGCUUCUUCAAUACUCAAUCAAAAGUCCUUUUAUUCUCUGUUCCUCUUUACCCCUUUCACUUUCCAAGAAAUUCCCAAUGGCUCCCAAAGCUGAGAAAAAGCCCGCCGAGAAGAAGCCGGCAGAGGAGAAGAAAUCAACCGUCGCCGAGAAGGCUCCGGCGGAGAAGAAGCCGAAGGCCGGGAAGAAGCUCCCCAAGGAAGGCGGAGCUGGCGCCGGAGACAAGAAGAAGAAGCGCGUGAAGAAGAGCGUGGAGACUUACAAGAUCUACAUCUUCAAGGUCUUGAAGCAAGUUCACCCAGACAUCGGUAUCUCCAGCAAGGCCAUGGGGAUCAUGAACAGCUUCAUCAAUGAUAUCUUCGAGAAGCUCGCUCAGGAGGCUUCCCGAUUGGCUCGCUACAACAAGAAGCCAACCAUUACUUCUCGGGAGAUCCAGACCGCGGUUCGCUUGGUCUUGCCCGGUGAGCUCGCUAAGCACGCCGUGUCUGAGGGGACCAAGGCGGUGACUAAGUUUACUAGCUCUUGAAGUGUGGUGGUUGCUUGUGAUUUAUGGAAUUUGAAUGUGUUUAUUUGGCUAGGGUUAGGGUUAGGGUUUCGUAGAUGAAUGAAUGCUUCUUCUUUUGGUUUUUGAAUAUGUGGUUUAUGAAUCUGUUCUGUAUGUGAACAAUAUGGAUCUUCUCGAUCCAAAUUAUGUCUAUGGUAGAAAUGAAAUCGGAUAGCUUUUUCUUAA